GAAUGAAGGAAUGAUCCUCCACAUUAAACCAGUGCACAUGAGAUGCUGAAACGUAACAGUCAGGCCGUUUUCAUCCACCUUUGUGAUGUUCAUUUAUGACUGUGACUGCAUCCCUUGAGAGAGACAGAGCGUGACAAGAAGAGAGUGUGUGUUUAGUUGUGUGAGUGGACGUGCGUGUGAGGGUAAUCAGCAUGACGCAGUGGUGGGCUCUGCUCACCGUUGUUUACCUGUCCGUCUACCUGGCAGCCACUCAGCAUCACAGGAAAGCUCUGUAUCCAUCUGCCUAUAGAAUAAAGCGUGGGACAUAUUCGCUGAUCAACCCCAUGUUCCAGCGCUCAGUGGAAGACGUCAACCUGCUUUUUGAGAUUCUGCUGGCUGGAAUGCAGAUUGACGGUGAAGAACACACUAUGCUGAUCCCAGAUGAGGAGCUGGCCUCCCUGAGGUGCGUGGAGAAGCUAGAGGUCAUUUGUGAGGACGUCCUGCCCAAGAGUCUCUCCGAGAUCCGCCACCUGGCAGCGGAGCUCGCCCAGCGUCGGCAGCCUCUGAGCUGGCAGGACUUCGAGAGGACGGUGCUGACCCUGGUGUACGCCAUUCAGACGCUGGCUCGACUCAGCAACCAGCAGCAGAGAGAGGCGUGGAUGGAUACAACGAUCCAGCUCUUCAGAGCUGUUCAAAAGGACCUCAGACCUUCUUAAGGAAGAAUCAGAAGAUGUAAUUAUUUUUAAAAGUCAUUCUUGUGGUGAUGUGUUUCUUUCACUUGCUUAUGUUCACCCAUGCUUUUUUAAUUAUCCAGAGCCUAUUUUAAUACGUGGUAGUGUGUGACACUACAGCUCUAAAUUUCAUGCAUAGUCUACAACUGUAUAUAUACAAACUAUAUACAGGAUGUACUAUAAUACUUGCCAUAAUAUAGUCUUUUUUUGUAUACUUACUAGCUUUCACAGGGGUUGUGGUUUAACUGAAGUGGACCUUCAGUUAAGAUUUAUUUUUGUUGAGGUACUCUGUCCAUGAAUUAAUUUUCAUGCUCAAGAAAACCACACACUUUGCUGUUUUAUACAAAUACGAAUUGAUGCAGUUUAUGAGCUUUUAGUCAAACUUCAACUCUGGAAUGCCACUGCAGAUUAAACUUCAUGACUUCCAAAGCUUUAA